UUGAGGGCGUCAUGCAGAGCAGCAAUCGUUGUCGGACGCUGUGACUGGCUGCUGCUGCUGCUGCUCUCCUUUCCUAACUAGAGAGCCUUGGUCGACACGCCUAGCGAGGGUUACUCUACUACAGUCCUAGAUGCUCUCAACGUUAUUGAUAACCAACGUGGAAUGAAACAUUGAAUAAAAAUACGUCCAGUAAAGUGAUUUUGUGGUGGAAUAAAUAACUGGUCCCGUAAUGUUGAACAUCUGAGCCUGACAAUUCUUAUCAGGACCGUGAGUGUAAGUGAUUCGGACCUCUGGAUGCAAAUAAAUAAACGGAAUGUCGAAAUUCAGUGGCCCAAUCACGGAAGAAAUACAGUGAACAUUUCAAAAAUUCAUACAUCAUAUCAUGAGUCCUACCUCUCUUUAAAAUAUUUGAACUUUUUUAAAGGUACGUUGAAGUGUCAACAAGUACAAUAAUUUUAUUUUUUUAAUUUUAAACUCGUAAUUACUGAUCAGUGAUGAAAACUCAUGAUGAACCGGUGUAAUUUAUCCUGGUGCGACAUCAAAAAUACUUUAUUCCUGGUGUAACGAAAGAAUGGAAUCCAAGUGAAGUCAUACAUCUUUUCAAAAUUAAUUUCCGCAGUGACAUCUGCCACCCAAAUACUGAAGUAUGAUCAAGGUUUCCUCGUAAGCAGAGCAUCAACAGCUAACUGGAAUGCAUUCCAUGUCAAUAAAAAGACCCUGAUGUUGCUGUCCGACACAACUCGUAGUAGCUCCACCAUGCCCACCGCUUCACCGCCCUGCCCAGGGCCAGCAAUUGCUUAUCUGCACACCGACCAUAGGAGGACAUUCCCAACGGCAGUUUACCCAAGAUAUUCUCCCCAGCCCCCAGUAAAAUUACCCUACACACACCUUGCUGCGGCACUAACGAGACCGGCCGGCCCAUCUCAGCCAAGACCCAUCACCCAAGUUGUUUGGAAACCAAUUGAAAUAGGAGAAAACGCGAUGGUAGUUGCCCAAGCACAUCCACUCUUGAACUCCCCAAAGCCAGCAUCAGCGUGUCCUGAUUUUAGAAGUACGUAUUAUUCUAUUCAGUCGAAGCAACAUGACGCAGGUGAGAUCGAGAUGCGAUCCAAUAAUGCAGAUAUUCCUUUCGAUUUGUCUACCCAUAAUAGAGAAGCCACAAUGUCUCCCGCCGCCUUACCGCUGGACCUUUCAGACGCUCAGCAACCACUGGAUUUGAGAAUGGAUCAUAAAAAACGUCCUUUUAUCGAGGAUGAGAAUAGAAACGUCAUCGAUAGUUGCGCUUCGCCAGAAGCCAAAAAUGCAAGACCGAACUCCAGUGGACCGUGCGAAUCAAGCAAGAAAAUUCUUUUAUGUGCACAAGCGAGUCUUGUUGCAGUACAGCAACCAUCGCCGCAUUCAGUUACAGUUCAUGCAGCAAAUGAAACCAAAGUAUCAAUCUCUGCCGCAGCCAAUCUCUCCAACGACCAGAAACAGACUAAUGAUCAGUUUGACUCCUCGCUAACCAUUAAUCCUCCUCAAAAUAACUUUUCCCACACACCCCAUAUCAGUAAAGGUCAGGAAAAUAAUAUAUCUUCCAUGCCCGCCUCAUCAGUGGCAAACAGAAGCCACGUUCCUGUAACGGCAUUGAGUCCCGUCAUAUGCCCAACUCCACUUCGACCGUCGUUAAGCCAAGCGACAUCGCAUCCAAGCCAUUACCUACACGCAAGUCAUUCGAAGCCACCGUCAACGACGUUGCAUUCAGCACCUCUUGCUCUGGGCAAUAGGCCAAGUGUUUAUCAGUUUUCCCAACCACCUGCCUCUAUGUGCCAGAGAAGUCCGCGGCCCAUGAAUACGAAUCACAUUCAUCCUGUAAUGUAUCAGUCCAUUGCAGAUAAACCGCCUAGAAUGUUGUCGUCAGGCGACGUUUCCUCUCAAAUCCCUCCAGCCCGCUCUAGAGAAAGAUAUUCAUGCAAGUUUUGUGGGAAAGUUUUUCCUAGAUCGGCUAACUUGACGCGACAUUUGAGGACACACACGGGUGAGCAACCUUAUAAAUGUAAAUUUUGUGAAAGAUCGUUCAGUAUAUCAUCGAAUCUUCAAAGGCACGUGCGUAACAUUCACAAUAAAGAGAAACCGUACAAGUGUCCUUUAUGUGAGCGGGCUUUUGGUCAGCAAACUAACCUCGAUCGUCACAUGAAAAAACACGAGUCCGAUGGUCCCACAAUUUUAGACGGAAGCCCUCGUCGCUACCGAGUACGGGCGUCGUCUCCAAAGCCUGCAAAUUCUAUCGGAACUCCUUCGUCGCCAAGCACUCCGGUGGAAUGCGUGGACUCCUCUCCAUUGGAUGACGAAGACGAAGAAGAUGAAUUUAUCGAUGUUGAGGAGGACGAAGAAGAACCUUCAGAGAAAAUUGAAGAACAGAUCUCGAUGGCUGUAACGAUUCAGUCUGCGACUGACUCCGUGUCAGCCAGCGCGGACGCUAAUGACAACGGAUCUCUGUCACCUCGUAUAUCAGUUGUAGCAACUUAAUGAAAAUCAUUUCAUUUCAUGCAAACAUAAAGCAUAAUUUAGCACCCCGAAAUGUAUGUGUCAAUAAUAUAAUUGAAUUGUUAAAAACGAAACAUUUUAUUUUUUUAAAUAUUUUAACGGUUGAGCAACGAUUGCUAUGAAGUUAAAUAGUUGGAAAUUAUUUUAAUAUUAUGUUCAAAUACAGUUUUAGUGUUAAUGUAAGUAUAGUUGUGAGUGCUUAUCCUGCCAUAGUAUAAUCUAGUUGAAUAUUUACUUUGAUAGAAUCAAUGCUUGUGCAAUGCCUAUAGAAUCGAUGCUGGUGCAAUGUAACUGAGUUGCAAUGACUAACAGCUACCAGCUCUACUUGUAAGGGCGGGUAAAACAAAUGCCUCCUAAAGGAGGCAUCCUGGGCAUUCACGACCCUAAAAACGAUCGCACAAUCGUCGUAAAAUAUUCGCGUUAUUUAAGCCUCUAGACUUGUUAUAUUCAUGAAAAAAUUGAACGUCCAUUAAAUUUAGCCUCUUUUCAGCUGGUCUCGCAUGCACGAUUGAAACUUCUACCGAAGAAUGUACUAUUUUCUUUCCUCAUGUUCACCUCGGUGUCUUGGACUGUUUAAAAUGUAACGCAAAUACGUAUCGUGUGAAAUAUUCAAUUCUGGACAUUCAUAACUGAAUUGUUAUUCAAAAAUGUUCAUUAAAUUUACUCUGAUUGGGGUGCAUUUUGUCCAUUAGCCCUGCUAUGACUUCAAACCGCAAUUUUUACGCCCAUAGGUAACUCUAAGAUUCCAUUCUAGUCAUGUUUGAAGUUGUGUUAUUGGUCAAUGUGAAUGUUGAUUUAUAAGCAAAAUGGUUCAUAUUCAUAUUAUACUGUUGAGAAAGAUUUAGAGAUUAUACAAUUAUAGAUGAGAAUACAAAUAUAAAUAAAAUCUCCAAUUA